UCUGCAGUCUGCAAAGAUGAGGGUUGUUCUACUAGUCCUGCUUGGCUGCUGCCUGUCUGAGGCAAACGUCCUGGGACAGAGGUUCGCUGCCAUCACACUUACUCAUGAUGAUUCCACUGAAGCAGAUACCCUCUCUUUGCUCAGACAGAUGAUGGCUGUGUUAGAUGAACAGCAGAAUGAGCUGCGACAAACCAAAGAGCAACUGGCGCAGCUUCAGAAAGUGCAGGGACAGACGUCAGUGAGGACAGCCGCUGAAAGCCUGGAGGAAAUAUGGGAACAGGUGGAUGCACUGAAGAGAGGCUUCACAGACCAUGAGGCCAGGCUGAGAGUCAGUGAGUUGCAGGAAGAGGAGCAGAGAAAGCAGGUGCAGCAAGUCGUGCGACAGGGCACAGAACUGGAGGCCAGACUGAACGCCGGUGAUUUGGAGGGCCAAAAUGCCCGAGUGAAACAACUGCAGAGAGAAAGUAAAGAGCUGAAGGCCGGACUGACAGAGCUCGGAAAUAAGCUUGGAGACGCCGACGCAGAGGUGAAGGCACUGCAGGCUGCUGAUGAAGAGCUGGAGGGCAGACUUAACACCACUGAUGUUGAGGCAGAGACCCAAAAAACCCUUUUGGCACAAUUACAAGUGGAAAUUAAAGAGUUUGAGUCCAGACUGGAGGCCAGUGAGAGUCUAGAGAAGGAGUUAGCUGCCCGUCUCACAAACACAGAGACAGAAGUGGAGACACUGAAGACUGUUGAUCAAGAGCUGGAGGCCAAACUGAACGUCAUUGACUUUGAGGGCCAAAACACACAAGUGAAACAAUUACAGAAGGAAACUAAAGAGCUGAACACCAGACUGACAGAGCUGGGAAAUAAGUUUGGAGAUGUGGACACAGAUGUAAAGGCACUGCAGACUGCUGAUCAAGAACUGGAGGCCAGACUGAAUGCCACUGAUGUCAAGGCAGAGACCCAAAAAACCCUGGUGGCACAAUUACAGGGGGAAAUUAAAGAGUUUGAGUCCAGACUGGAGGCCAGUGAGAGUCUAGAGGACGAGCUGAAUGCCCGGCUUACAAGCACAGAGACAGAAGUGGACACACUGAAGACUGUUGAUCAAGAUCUGGAGGCCAGAUUGAACCUCAUUGAUUUUGAGGGCCAAAACACAAAAGUGGAACAAUUACAGAGGGAAACUAAAGAGCUGAACAUCAGACUGACAGAGUUGGGCAAUAAGUUUGGAGUUGUGGACACAAAUGUGAAGGCGCUGCAGACUGCUGAUCAGGAACUGGAGGCCAGACUGAACGCCACCAAUGUCGAGGCAGAGACGCAAAGAACCGUGGUGGCACAAUUACAGAUGGAAAUCAAAGAGUUUGAGUCCAGACUGGAGUCCAGUGAGAGUCUAGAGAAGGAGUUGGCUGCCAGGCUCGGAAACACAGAGACGCAGGUGGAGGCGCUGAAGACUGCUGAUCAAGGGUUGGAUUCCAGGUUGUCUGCCAGUGAAAAUCUGACUGGAGAGCUGAAGAUGAGCCUUGAAGAUACACUUAGACAAGUGCAGGCACUCCAGACUGCUGAUCAAGAGCUCAAGUCUAGAGUAGAAGCCACUGAGGGUCUGGUGAAGGAAACAAACACGCAGCUAAAAGUGACUGAAACAAAAUUGGAGGCACUGGAGAAAAUAAAUCAAGAGGUGGAUGCUAGACUGAAUGCCGCUGAGAUUGUGGGCCAAGAGUUGAACAAGAAGCUUGAAAAAACAGAGGCUGAGAUGGAAGCACUGAAAACAGCUGAUCAAGAGUUGGAGGCCGAACUGGAAACAAAUCAGACUGUACAAGAGGAGUUGAAGAAUAAGGUUGAGCAAACAGCUGCAGCAGUGGAAGAGGUCAAAACAACAAUGACUGAAGAGAAAGUGGCUUUCACAGUUGCACUGGAAGAGAACCAAAUGCACAUUGGGCCAUUUAAAACAGAGACCACUCUCGUCUAUAAGAAAGUCAUCACCAACAUCGGUGACAGCUACGAUCCCACAACAGGAGUCUUCACAGCUCCUGUCAGCGGAGUUUACCACUUCACCCUCUACUCUCACGCUAACGGAGACCACCCUGGCUUUUUACUCUUGUACAAGAAUGGCGAGGCUGUUGUGGGCACCGCAGAACACCCAACUGCCUCAGAUAUCACUGAUAACGGCUCUAAUGGGGUAGUGCUGGUUCUUCAGAAAGGAGACCAGGUUGAUGUGCACAUGGAGGCCAAGUCCUGGGUGUGGGCAGACAGCAACCGCAACCUCUGUACUUUUACUGGUAUUCUGCUGCAUAGUAUGCCCAGCAAUGUGCCCGCAUCCAUAGAAAUAGCAUAGAAUAUUGCAUAGACGCAUAGAAAUAGGUCCUUUGUUCCUGUAUCAUUUGUAUUAUACAGUAUGUUACAUUAUGCUCUUUUCCAGAUUUCAACUGCACUUUGUUAUAUACGGUCACUUUAGAUAGAUAAGCCAAGUCACAUCCAGUCUGUAAUCCAUAAUGUGUCAUUUUAGAUAGCAAAUUGGCUCAAAUUCAUCAUUUAAAGCUGUUGUUCUGAUGUAUUUCCCCUGUAACAUUGUAAAUUUUAUGAUCUCAGUACAUUGUGUGUCAUAAACUCAAACAAAAACUCUACAUUCACAGUAUAAAUCCAAUAAAUUAUGGUUUGAAAAAGCA